GUAUUGGGUUUGGAAACUUGAAGAUGCACUCACUGGUGGAGGAGGGGUCACCCCACCAAGCCAACGCUCAACUGAACGUAUGCCUGGCAGGUACCGCGGAAAAUUUCUGCGGCCCAACACGGAGGCUUCAAUCACCGGCAAACAAUUGACAGCCUAAAAUCAGUUGUCGAAACGCUGUCUGGCGCGCCGAUUUGUGGCGUAAAUAAAAAUGUGGGGUCUUGGCCACAAAAUUAUCGGAGUCCUGUGACGCAACACUUAAUUCGGGUAGAAAAGGAACCAGACCCAGUCAACAACGACAUAAAGCUCGUGACACCCAAACCUUUACAUCACCCUGAUCUAAUUGCUACAAGAGGCAGGUAGUUGAUCACACUACACGUACCUGGCUACUCAGAAUGUCUGUUCCUUCAAUUCCCUCCACAGAGCCAACGCUCGCAUACGACCAGGACGCAGCCCUGGACCUUCAGCGUAAGAUCGACAACAUGAAGCAGCAGAUCGGUAACUCGAUCUUCGACACCUACCAGACAUCUCUGACGGGGCGCUACUGCUCCAAGGAGAUGUCACAACUUUUCAGUCAGCGCAGUCGUCACAGCACGUGGAGAUCGCUGUGGCUUUACCUUGCUGAGUCGGAGAAAGAACUUGGAAUUGAGAACAUUUCAGAAGAGGCUCUUCAGCAGAUGCGUGAUCAUCUUAUCGUUUCUGACCAGGAUUUCGAGGUUGCCAGAGUUGAGGAGAAGAGGAGGAGGCACGAUGUCAUGGCCCACGUGCACGCCUUCGGUGAGGUCGCACCAAAGGCUGCGGGAAUCAUUCACUACGGCGCAACAAGCUGCUACGUAACUGAUAACGCAGAACUUAUCCUGAUGCGUGAUGCUAUGAGUCUGCUUCUUCCCAAGCUCGCCAAGGUUAUUGACAACCUCUCCAAGUUUGCCUUGCAGUGGAAGUCUGAGCCAACUCUGGCCUACACUCACCUGCAGCCCGCCCAACUGAUCACUGUCGGUAAGCGAGCAGCCCAGUGGGCGCAGGAUCUUCUUAUGGAUUUGGAGGCUAUUGAGCACGUCAAGGAGGGUCUUCAGUUCCGUGGUGCCCAAGGCACAACUGGAACACAAGCCUCCUUCCUCGAGAUCUUCAACGGCGACUCGCAAAAGUGCGACCAACUCAACGAGAAGCUUUGCCAAAAGGCCGGCUUCAAGAGCUGCUACUCUGUCUCUACCCAGACAUAUACCCGCAAGGUCGAUCAGCUGAUCGCCAACGCAAUCUCUGGACUCGGUUCCUCAGCACAGAAGAUCACCGGCGACAUCCGCCACCUUGCUGCCUGGAAAGAGCUUGAAGAGCCCUUCGAGAAGGACCAGAUCGGUUCCUCCGCUAUGGCAUACAAGCGCAACCCUAUGCGCUCCGAGCGUGUUUACGCUCUGUCGCGUGAGCUGAUGUCCAAGCCCGCAUCCUUCGCCAACACGCUCUCCGACCAAUGGAUGGAGCGUACGCUCGAUGACAGCGCUGUUCGCCGUAUCGACAUCCCUGAGAUGUUCCUGCUGGCCGACGCCAUCCUUCUCUCCCUCGACAACGUCACCUCGGGACUGGUCGUGUACCCCAAGCGCGUCAACGCUCGUGUGCAGGAGGAGCUGCCAUUCAUGAUCACUGAGAGUAUCAUCAUGAAGCUCGUAGCCAAGGGCGAGAGCCGUCAAGAGGCGCACGAGCAGAUUCGCGUUCUGUCUCACCAGGCCGGUUACAACGUAAAGAACGAGGGCGGGCAGAACGACCUCGUCGACAGGAUCCGUAAGACUGAGUUCUUCAAGCCUAUCUGGGGCGAUCUUGACAACAUGCUGGACGCGAGCUUGUACACUGGACGCAGCGCUGAGAUUGUUGACAAGUUCUGUGGUCAGGGAGGUGUCGUGGAGAAGGCGCUGCAGGAGUACAAGGAGUACAUCACCAAGGCUGGUGUUGCUGAGCUCAGCGUAUAGUUGCAACAGGUGACACCUACGAGUGGAAGAUGACACGCGGCUGUAGCCAUAGUUUGCCGACUACAGUAUGCGUUUUUAGACGGAACGACACAAAAGCCUUGUCCAUUCUCCAACACUUGAGUCCAUUCAUCACUGGUUUUGUACCUACCCCAGCUCACCCCUUUCACACUGACGAUAGUAACGUGGCUGCAUGGCCUGCUAUUGGGGAGGCUCAUGCC